AUGAUUUCCCAUAUGAACCUCAGGACUGCUUGGCUUGCCUUUAAGGGGAAAUGUUGCACAAAACAGCACAUUAAAUGAUGCCAUAGCCACCAGAUCGGCAAGGCAGGGAAAUCACUCAAGAUAAGAAAUCAUGAAGGUUGUAGAAUUGGAGAACAUGUCCAAAUCUACCAUGGAAGCAAAAGCUGAAACACAGUCUGUGGAGGAGAAAGCUGUCCAGAAACCACCUGCCAAGACAAAGACUUCUUGUUGCAAUGGACUCAAGGCCUUCCUUGCUGCUUUGGCAUUUACCUACUUCAGCAAAGUCUUUUCAGGAGCCAUGAUGAAAAGCUCCUUCACACAGUUAGAAAGAAGAUUUGGCAUUUCCUCUUCUACAGCUGGCUUCAUGGAUGGGGGCUUUGAAAUGGGGAAUUUACUGGUAAUUGCAUUUGUGAGUUACUUUGGGGCAAAAUUUCACCGACCAAGGGCAAUCGCUAUUGGCUGUUUUAUCAUGUCACUUGGAAGCCUUGUAACAGCAAUGCCUCACUUCGUCAUGGGAUAUUAUAAAUAUGAUACAUUAUCAAGAACAUCAGAGAAUUCAUCUUCCAGUCUCUCUCCUUGCUUAGCAAAUCAAGCAGAAGUAGGAUUGGAAAGAAGUUCAGGUUCAGACUGCAAUGAAGAAAUUACAUCUUAUGCAUGGAUUUUUGUUUUGAUGGGCAAUGUACUACGUGGAAUUGGUGAAACACCAAUAACUCCUCUGGGCAUUUCUUACCUUGAUGAUUUCUCUAGGGAAGAAGAUACUCCCUUUUAUGUUGGAAUUUUACACACCAUAGCAAUGAUUGGCCCAAUGGUUGGCUACCUUUUGGGAUCUCUCUUAGCCAGAAUAUAUGUUGAUGUUGGCUUUGUGGAUUUAGGUACAAUUACUAUAACUCCAACUGACUCCCGUUGGGUAGGUGCAUGGUGGCUGGGCUUUUUAGCAGGUGCUGUCAUGAACCUGAUUUCUGGUAUCCCCUUCUUGUUCUUGCCUAAAAGUCUGGACAAAGAAGAAGGGGUUGCUCCUGGAACAAAAAAAGUGGACAACAUAAAAAUGAAAGAGCAAAAUCAUGAAAGCCACAGACAAGUGACUGAACCUCAACAAGAAGCAGACAACUCAAGAAACCUGAAAGGGUUUUUCAAAUCCAUGAAGAGAGUUUUGAGCAAUAAAAGAUACGUCACCCUGAUGUGCAUAACACUGAUGCAGUUUAGCAGCUUCAUUGGUUAUUUGACAUACAGUCCCAAAUAUAUGGAACAACAGUAUGGUCUACCAGCAUCCAAGGCUAAUUUGGUAACAGGAGUCGCCAUUUUACCCGCUGUCAGCAUUGGGAUAUUUACAGGAGGUCUCAUCAUGAAAAAAUACAAACUGAACAUUAUCGCUGCAACAAAAAUGGCAUUUACAGCAUCGUUUAUAGCCUUUGCAUUUUCACUUUUCUAUGUGAUAGUGGGCUGUGACAACCGCAUAGUGGCUGGAUUGACAGUCUCCUAUGAUGGGCAACCAAUUACACGGGACUCCGUUCUUUUAUCUUCACCCUGCAACUUUGACUGCCAAUGCUCCACAAACCAGUGGGAUCCUGUCUGUGGAGACAAUGGAAUCACAUAUGUGUCAGCAUGCUUUGCUGGCUGCAAAGACGUAACAGGAACCAGAAAAGAAACUGUUUUCCAUAACUGUAGUUGCAUUGAAAGGAUGGAUUCUGUAGCACAAAAUUUCUCAGCAGUUUUGGGAGAAUGUCCAAGGAAUGAUGGCUGUGCAAGGAAAUUUAUUUAUUACAGCGUUAUCAAAGUAGCAAGUUCCUUUUUCUAUGCAUUAGGAGGGGUUCCGUUUUUCAUGAUCAUGAUUAGAAAUGUAGAACCAGACCUGAAGUCAUUGGCAGUUGGUUUCCAUAUGCUUGUGAUGCGAGCUUUGGCUGGAAUUCCAGCCCCUGCUUAUUUUGGUGCAGUAAUAGACAGGGCUUGCUUAAAGUGGGCCAACACUGGCUGUAGUCGCCAAGGAGCCUGCAGGCUGUAUGACGCCACAUUGUACAGAUAUUCUUUCUUUGGCCUUAUAUACGCCUUGAGAGCUCCAUCUUAUUUGCUGGCCAUAGUGUUCUUUAUUAUUGUAAAGAAGCAUUUUGAAAGACAAAAGGCGGUUGCUGCUGAAAAUGGGUUGAAAGAUGGAGAACCGCUGAAUGGAGAAAUAAAGCCAAGUGACAUUGAACGUACGGCGGGCCCUUCUGCAGCAGGCAUGGACACUUGCCUAUAAGAACUUCUAGUUGGACAACAAUGGAUGGAUCAUGGAACCAUCUUGAUUAUAUAAGCAUAGCAAAUAAUAAAUUGACCACAAAGCCAUA